AUGAAAGGAAUUAUCUUUUUAGCUUUGACACUUGUAUCAAGUAUUCAAUCAAUUGCCAUUGCGCCUCGUAGAGCGGCUAAUUGCGCUUACUUAUCAAACAAGAUUUAUUGUUAUGGCGGUUAUGUCAAGGGCUCUACAGACAAUGAUACAUUGGCAGUACUUGAUAUCAACAACAACAACGGUGCAUCGUUCCAAAAUUUGAUCAGCAAAUGGGAAUCUGUUACACCUCAAUCUUCUAAUAAUUUUGGCUUCAGAGCCUUUGCUCAAGCAGUGCCUUUUCCAGAUGGAAAAAGGCUCAUGCUUCAAGGUGGAUACAAUUACGGAAAUACACCAUUGUUGGAUCACUCCAUCGUAUACAAUGCAGAAACGAAUUCUUGGGAUAAGUUGCCAAACUACUAUGAUGCGAGCAACGGAGGUGAUCGUCAAAUUUAUUAUGGCACAGGUGUUUAUAUUCCAGAGUUGAAUGGCAUUGGAUUUUAUGGUGGAUAUCAAGAACAUGUCCAGCCUGGAUCCAAUUUCGUUGCCCUGGGCGGCACCUCUGUUCCCAACUUGACCUUUAACAAUACAGAUGGCUUAUACAACAGCUAUGCAGGAUUUUAUUACUUUACUUUCUUGAAUCUAAAUACCAAUACUUGGUCCAUCCCUCAACAAUCUAUAGGCCCAGCCGACUAUCACACAUCGCCAACUGCUACUUAUCACCCAGCAACAAAGAAGAUUUUUUAUCUUGGAGGCACCUACUACAAUUCUACCAGCCAAAGCUUAUUCAACAGUUACUUUACCUAUGCCAUGACUUUUGAUACCACGAAUGGACUAUGGUCAUACGAGCCCCUUAGUGGUCCUGAUUAUCCCAAAGAACGAAAGAUGCAUACAGCCACUUUGUUAUCUGAUGGACAGAACAUCUUGAUCUACGGAGGAACAUAUGACGAUAAAGUUGCUGUGCAGGACUAUUGCUAUACACUGAAUGUUCCAAAAAUGACAUGGCGUAUGCAUACUUUGACAGCACCCUUGGGUGUUUCUGGACCACGAUCACAUCAUUCUGCUGUCUUGGUGAACGGUACAAAUUUAUUCAUCAUGUUUGGCUUGGACUUGAGCGGCAACCCCACAAACGACUUGAUGAUAUUGGAUGUUGCAGACGUUAAUACCAUUUCAUUUCUCAGUGCCUUCCCUAAUAUCAACAAUUCUAGCGCAAGCAACACGAAUGGGACGACUUCAAAUGGUAACAAUGGCUCGAAUACAUUAAGUCAAGGAAGAGGAGGUCUCAGUACUGGCGCCAUCAUUGGUAUUGCUGUUGGUUGUAGUGUCGUGGGCAUCCUGGCCAUCAUUGCACUCGUUUUCUUUUGUAGAAAACGAAGCAAGAAUUCACGUUCAUCGCACAAUCAUGCAGAAGAUGAUCCAAAUGAGAGCCCCAUGCUGGAUGUUGAUUGGGAUAGGAUCGACAAGCAAUACUAUCAAGAGGUCAGCCCUCCAAAUGAACAUGUUCAGCAACGUCAUUCGACCACUGUUGAAGAAAGACUAUCUGAGCCAUCGACUACAGCUACAUCAGCAAGUAUUGUCACACCUGAUGGUACAUCCACAGUUAGAACGUCGCAUAUAAAAUUAAUGCAGGUGGUUAAACCUGAUGGUGGUAGUUAA